AUGAGGCUUUUUGAGGCGACGCACGUGUUCAAACACGACUGGGAAACAGUGAGCCUGGCCAACUGGCGCAAGUACCCUAACGACAAGACACCGCACGUGCGGCACGUGGAGAUUCUCAACCAGGACAUUGACGAAAACACAGGCAUCCUGCGCACCGAGCGGCUUAUAAUGGUGACUCAGAACGUGCCCACACUGGUGCGCAAGAUCUUUGGCGGCGACACUUCGUACGUUCUGGAGUAUUCCGAGGUGGAUCCAGCGCAGCAGACAAUGGUUAUGCAAAGCCAGAAUAUGACUUUUAGCAACCUUUUGUCGGUUGGCGAGCAUAUUGUUUAUAAGCCUGAUCCGGAGAACCCCAGGCAUACGAUGUUCACGCAGUCGGCGCAGGUUAAGGCGAGUACGGCGCUGUACCGGUUGGCGAAUAAGGUUGAGGAUAUGUGCUGGAACAGGUUCAAGGAUAACGCGCAUGUGGGGAAGCUUGGUAUGGAGCAGGUUGUGUCGAAGAUUCUCGCUGAGCGUCAGGCGCUGAUGGCGCAGGUAUCGGAAUGA